ACACAGCGGAAGUAAACAGUAAUCACGUUACAACCCGGAAGAAUUGGGCCCCUCUGACUAACGUUUGAACAGACAAGAAUGACUAAUUUAUCUACUGGAGAAACGAUUGAACGCGAUGCUGCGAAUACUGUCCAGCAGCUAGGUGUUGUAUUAGUGUCCUAAUCUGCUGCAGUGGAGGUGGAUGCGGUCGAACAUUCGGAACCAUGGCCGAACUGCAUGUGGUAGAACCGAGCGGAAAUGGCACCGUGGAGCAGACCGAGCGCCGCGAUGUCCGGGGCUCGUUGCGCCUGGCGUCGCCCACUCUCAUGGUUCCGCCGCGGAGCAGCCAGCUGAGCCCCGGCGGCGUCUCCAGCGGCGGCGGUGGAGGCAGCAGUGCGGGCGGCGGCAGGUCAGUGUUCGGGUUCCCAAUGAAGAGCAACCCCAGCUCCCCGUCCGAACCAGUGGACAAACCGGGCUCCCGCUGGGUCCGACUGAACGUCGGUGGAACCUACUUCAUCACAACCAAACAGACGCUAUGCAGGGACCCCAAAUCUUUCCUGUUCAGACUGUGUCAAGAAGACCCGGACCUGGACUCUGACAAAGAUGAGACGGGAGCCUACCUUAUAGACAGGGACCCCACAUACUUUGGUCCUAUCCUGAACUACCUUCGACACGGAAAACUGAUCAUGGACAAGAACCUGGCAGAAGAAGGCGUUCUUGAAGAAGCCGAGUUCUACAACAUCGCGUCUCUGGUGAGGAUGGUGAAGGAGAGGAUACGGGACAACGAGAACCGAACAUCUCAGGGUCCUGUGAAGCACGUGUACCGAGUACUGCAGUGUCAGGAAGAGGAGCUCACACAGAUGGUCUCCACCAUGUCGGACGGUUGGAAGUUUGAGCAGCUCAUCAGUAUUGGAUCAUCAUAUAAUUACGGUAAUGAGGACCAGGCUGAGUUUCUGUGUGUGGUUUCCCGGGAACUUAACAACUCCACCAACGGGAUCGUCAUCGAGCCCACUGAGAAGGCCAAGAUCCUUCAAGAACGAGGUUCACGGAUGUGAAGGAACCCCAUCAGUAACAUCCUCCAGUUUCCAUCCGCCAUCAUCUCCAUCCUCAGUUUGCUCCCGUCUCCUCUGGUGUGCCUUUCCACAGCAGAGGCUCUUCGACGUAUCCUCCUCCUUAUUUCAGCAGCACGACUCUCACUUGUCGUUCCUCGGGUUUCUCUCUUCUGCUCUGAAGAGAGGAUAAGUGAGUUCCUCGUGCCGUUUUUUUUUUUUUUCUGCAGUGCAGGCUGAGAUGCUGAGCAUGGAGGACAGAGCCUGCGUUCAGCCAUCACCUUCAUUCUGACCGUCCUGUCGUCACGGCAGAUACUUCUUUAUUUCAAAUCUGGCUCGGUUUAGCAGGAACCUCCUCAGGACUCUGAAAGGACAAAGAGGAGUCAAAAAAAAAAAAAAAAGUGACCCAGCUUGUCACCUGAAGUAGACGGGGGAGGUGGGGUCAGGGAUGCUGAGGACUUGGGGAUGUGAGAUCUCCAGCUGUUGUGGCCCCGCCCUGCUUUUCCUGAGUUGUUUUAAAAACUCCAAAAAUGAGCCACAACAUCCAAGCAGUCCAGUUUCUGGUUCGGAGAGAAUCUUUGAUAUUUUCACCCACAAAAAAAGAAAAAAACAUGGCAGACUUCAUGCCAUUCGUAUAAAACUUAAGGCAUGUGAGGAAUCUAUAUAAAUCUAUAUAGGCUACAUGAUAAAACUGAAUGCAAACGGUGUAAUUAAUCAUUUCUGUAUCAUAGUUGUUACACUUAUUGUGAGUGAAUCUAUUUAAAAAAAUAUCAGAUUUAUGACCAGUACGAGCACCUGUGGAACACAGGUGUGAGUUGCGUUUGCAGUGCCUCUGCUCUCCGUUGAAUAAUAUCACAUUUUCAGCUGCACGUUUUCUGUAGUGUUGGGAAAAAAAACAAUUUUAUUGUUUAUCCAGUGUCCUACAUAUCUUAAAAUUGUAAUGAGAAGUAAAGAAAAGAGUCGUCAUUGAAAUUAGAUUGAUAAUGCCUCAGACGCUCCACUCCAUGCACCAUUCUUUCCCAGGUGUUGUGCUGUUUUUGCAUUAAUGUCACCUCCCAGAUGUCGUUCUGCAGAACGUGUAGCAACCUUUGCAAAAGCUAAACCGCUGCUCUUAUACCAGAGCCUGCAUUAAAACGCAAAUGAACGAGAUGUCGGUGAACGUGCCAGGCGAGAAGCGUCCUGCUUCCUUUCAGUUCUGCUGUUCAACUUCCUGCCAGCAGAUUGGGAACAACCCGAGAGCGAAACGCAUUAACGGAUUCAUUGGAGCUUCUUACCAACACUAGAUUGAUGUAAAAGUCCCCAAGUUUCAGAGCUACUGCUAAAUAAUUUAUAAGAAAAACAGAGUAAGCUAAAUAUUUGCCCUAAAAUGUACAGAUAAAUGCACAUGAUGUUGAGUUUUAUGAAGUGGCUGCUACAAAAAAAUAAUAAAAAGUACUUUAAAGGCUGCAACAGGUAGAAAUAUUUCCUAAUAUUUCUUAUAAUUUGCCAAACUUAGAUCUGGGUUUCCUUUUUUUUUUUUUUAGUUUAUUAGAAAAAACAUCAAAAAACCUUUGCACAUUUUUAAACUUUAUUCAUUGAGCUAUUCUGUGCAUUUUAUUUAUUAGUUUACUAUUUUAUUUGAUCACGUUAGGAACUUACAGGGAUUUGAAUUGGUGAUCCAUCAGCAGAUGGCUCCACCUCCGAAGCUACACUCACCUCUUCUUCUUAGUGAAAAUAAUAUUAUAUAGACUGUGCUUAGCAUGAAUAAAAAUGUGCUCAAAUACCAUUUUAUAGUUUAUUUAUAGUUAAUUAGUGCCAGAAAAAGUCAAUAAUUGACCUAAAUUUCUAGAUAUUACUGAAAUAUGUGGAAAGAUUGCAUCGUUAUUCUGACUAUGUUUGAUAUAACAAGUUUUGUCAAUGUUUAUGUGGAGAUGUGCAUUAAAGUUAAUGACCACAAUCAUAUUGAAGUAUCUACAAAGAACAAACAAUGCAUAUCAAAGGUUUUACAAAAUAAUUUACAUUUACAAAAAUGAGAAAUUUGAGUUUAAGGGUAAAUUUUUUAUUAAAAUGUGCCUUUAAAUUGUUGGAUGCAUUUGCAGAAUCUUCUGAAUAUGGGAUGAUUGUGCAAAAAAGCACUUUCCAAACAUUCUUUAAGUUUCAGUCAAGUGUGAUGCAUUUAAGGUACGACAGAAACUUUUAAAUUUCAAUUUAUUCUUUUUUUUAUCCCCAUUAAAGAUGCAAUUUAUCAGGCAUAUGAAUUAUUAUUAUUAUCACUAUUAUUAUUAAUUAGGUCAAGGCUGGAGAAAUGAAACCAAUCAAGGCAUGGAAGUAAUCUUUAGGGUUUCAAAAUGUUAACUCCUGCUAAAUAGGGAAAUUUUCAUCUCUGGAGGAGAAAAAAAACUAGACUGAAAUUCCCAAGUUUUGUCGUGCUUAAACACAUCGCAUGUGACUGAGGAUUAGAGAAGAUGAAGAUGGCUGGACAUUUUUGUGUAGCAGCAGUGAGGAUUUACAGUAGUGAGACACAAGCUAUCAUAAAUUAGACAGGGGAGGGGAUCAAGGGCGGGGCUAAUCAGCUCAGCUCCAAAAGCCACGCCCCCACAGAGGAGAUUUUGGAAAUAGAGGCUUCAGAUCAACAUGAAAAAUGACUUUUUUAAGACAUUUAGAUCGAGGGAUUUUGGUUAAAAACUUCCUAAUCAUAAAUAAAGCACUACUGAGAAUGUCUUUUUUUUAAAUAAAAAAAGAUGUCAUAGAGGGACUUUAAAAUUUUAGUGUCUUUUACACAGCUUAAGUGAAUUCAGAGGAUUGUGUGUUUUUGCAUUCAACUGUUUAUAAGUGCAUUUUGAAUAACUUACAUUUAAAACCAGUUUUACAUUUUUGUAAAUUUUAUUUUUGUGACACCAAACACCAAUCAUUGUUGCUCAUUUGUAAACUUGAUUGCAUUUCCAAAACACAUCUGCUAAAUUUAUAAUUGGAUUUUAUCUUUAUAUCAAAAGCGAAUCAAUCGCUUGAGUGUAAAAGAAUAUUUAAAACAGUUCUCUUUUUUUUUUUUUUAUUUGCAACUUUUAGUUGUUUCUUCACUGCUUUUGUUUCUACUUCACACACUGUGUGAACACGUCGGUGACUACUAAAGAGCGGAGUGACUCUCGGUGAGGAUCAAACCGACCAAUUAGAAGCCCUCUACCAACUGAGCCAUCGUUUGUAUGAAAAAAAAAAGUACAACAGCCCUUUUGUAUUUAUCAUGGUCUCUAGUCUAAGAGAUCAAAACUUGAUGUUGUUUUCUUUGAUGUACUUUUCCCCACUUGAGUGUUUUGUGUAUUUAUACUCUGCUAAUCACAGCAGGCCCAUCAAGCCCAUUCAUUUUGUUGAGAACACUUUUUCUUUUCUUUGUUUUCAGGCUCUUGCAAAAGCACCUUGAGUAUUGUUUUCUUCAGUUCUUGUCCAGUGUCGUGCCUUUUGACCCGUGUUGUGCAGAGAUGUAUUCCUCUUUAAAAAAAGAAUCCAGGAAGCUCCUCCCUGAUGUUUUAGCUUGAUCUCUAUUGUAAAUGAUUCUGUAAGAGACGAGCCAAAAAGGAAAAAGCAUUGAUCCUUUCAUAAUUUUGGUUUCAUCCACUCACUUAUCACCUUCUAUUGUGCAAUUUUUGACCCAUAUUUAGAUUCAUUUUAUUAUUUCAAGAGAUUACGAAAAGUUCCUUUAUCUGAUCUGAAGCACUGUCAGUGAUUAGUUUGGAUUAUCUUACUUAAAAAAUUACCAAACACAAGUCGGUUGAUAGAAAACAUUAAAGUUUAUCCUCUGUUUUUGUAUUAUUUUCUUAAGAAAUUAAUACUCCUAAGCACUUCUAAAUAUUUCAUUUCAGUGUAAGAACACAUUUUUCAUAUGCAAUUUCAAACACUUAUUUUGUGUGUAUAAUGUGUCCUUAUUGGGCUAAUAAUAUUGGUUACUUUGUUCAGUGAUUCCCAACCUUAACAUAAGAAAAAUUGCCGUUUUGAAAGUGGAUGGCUGUUUUAAAAGCAAGCCUUCAAACAACAACUUAGUCUUUGGUUGUAAAAUUUUGAAUUGACUCCAAAACCUAGAAUAUUGGCAUGAAAGUGUCUAAAAUGUGUUUUUCUCUGGGCUGAGAACUUUUAUUAAUAAUAUGAAGACUUUACUUGCUAGAUGUCACAAAUAUCUGCAUUUUGUAGCUAAAGUUACUUAGGAAAUUAUAUUGUUCAAAUUAGCAUGCUAAUUUUGAAGCUAAAGUUCUGUCUCUUCUGAAAAAAAAAACAACUUAAUGAAAUGUAAAUUUAGGCAUUUCUUUAUGUUUAACAAAUAUAAAAUGCAAUGAUUCUAUUUUUUACAUUUUGGUCAUAAAAAAGGCACUUUUUCCACACAGCACAGCAUGCUAGUUAGCUUUCGUUUAGCUCAGAAAUGUGUUAGCGCUACUAUGUACGGUGGCCCUGAAGGGGAAAAUCACUCCACACAAAAGCAUUUUAAAGAUCAUUGUGACAAUUAAAUUGCAAAGCUAAUAAUAAUAAACAUAGCACUACUUUAAAAAAUGUAAUGUUUUGUAAAAUGUUAAAAUGUUUUAUUUUUAUUUGAUUAGUUGAUGUGAUUUGCACUUCAGGGCCACCGUACAUAUGCCCUGUAAUAAUGAAAAAUAUGAAAGAAAGUUGACAAUAUUUUUGACUUACAUCAUUACAACAGGCUGUUUAGCGUAUCGUUGAGAAAAGAGUUGGGAAUCACUGACCCAAAGGAAUUUAAAAAACGGUUUAUCUCAAUGUUUGAGCCAAAAUAUAUAUAUCUAAAAAAUGAGGGAGAUUUUAAGUUAAGGUUAUCUGAUCGUGACUUUGCUACCCUGAACUGAAAGUCUCCAGAUAAUGUGCAAUGUUAACGAAUCUGCAAAAAGUACAUAUCUGUCGUUUGGGCAUGUGAAUACAUGAGAGCAUGCUUUUGUUUAGAGAUUACAAAGUGGUGUAAUGGGUUUUGUCUGACCUUUGUGUUUGUGCAAAGUGUAUGUGAUGCGUGGUUGAGUUGGGAGGUGCAGAGAUGAAGGCAUGGCUCUGUGGUGUGUAGAUGUAGGUUUUAUGUAGUUGGUUCUACAAAUGGAGAUACCCACGGUUCCUUCUUGUGUUUGUGUCUUUCUUUUGUCACUUUUCAUCAAGAGCUAGCAAUGACACAAACCUAUCAGAACAGACUCCACAUUCUCCUGCAUCCAGAUUUUGUUUUUAGAAGCUUUAUCAACCAGGAAAUGCAAAAGGAAAAAUAAAGAUUUUUAUUAAAAAUAAAUCAUUUCACCAGUUAACCUGUAAACACUUGCAUGCGUUUGUGAACAUGCACAUCUGUAGGUCGUAUUGAAACGUCACUAACUUGCUUUGUGUUCAUUUAUCAGCAGUAUUGACGUCAAAUGUGAAUAAUCUCACUGGGGAUUGUGGAGAGACGCUUGAAAGCUAGAAAAAAAAACAAAAAA